AUUAAUGGGGGGUAAGGGGGGGCAGGAGGCUUUAGGGGAGUCGUAGCGAGAUGUCUUCUGCCUCAUGCUGUUGCCCCUCAAGCAAAGAAACACAACCAAGACCAUGCACUGUCAACCAGACUCAUCCAAGCUCAACAAAGUGCGUCUCCCAUUUAUAUUUUGGUUCUUCUUUUUCUCACUGCAGAGCCAGCCAGAGGCAAGAGCCCAAGGACACACCGAUGUGAAGACUCAACAGUUUUGUUGCACAGGCAGAAAAAUGUUGCGACACUGAGGAGCGGCUCCUCUGCUGACAGGUGGCAGACAAAGUGUAUGUGGUCAUAUGAAAGCACGCAUUUGUGGUGUUUUGUCUGCGAGUGAGGCUGAGCUGUCUAGACAGGAUGAAAUGAGGUAGGAUGUGACCUCCUCACUUUUUCUCCAGAGCAUGAUGUCACAGGGCAGAGGAUUCUGGGUAGGAGGUAUAAAGCUGGUGCGCUGGUUUAUUCUCUCGUACCUCCUCCUCCUGGCUUUACCAUGCAUGGGCUUCCUCCCUAACUUUUGGUCUCGAGUGCUAACUCUGUCCUGGGAUUCACACACACACCAGUAUAUUACAGAGCGAGCCAUCAUCAAUGUCACCCUGGAGACUCUGAGGGCCGCCAGAAAACACCAGGGGAACCAUGCAGACCAGGAGACCAAACUGGGCCGAGGCUUCUGGAGAGCCGUGGGAGAGGUGGUGAAGUCCAAUGCAGCCAUGGACUUCCUCAGCUCCACCAUGUCGGACCCAGUCUACCACUUUGAUUCAGAGCAAGUCGACAGCAGCAUUGUGAUGUUACGGCGGUUCUGGAGUCAGACUGUGCUCUCAGUACGAACCAAACAGUACCAAAGUGCGCGUCGCAGCUUGGGUCAGCUAUUUCAUUCACUGCAGGACUUCUACAGCCACAGUAACUGGGUGGAGAUGGGCCAGCGCUUCAUUUACCUUCACCUGCUGUAUCCAGAUGAGCCUGCCAUCCCUGUAGCUAAAGAGGACACUCCUACCUGUAUGGAGUGCUUCAGUAAUACCUGUCGAAAUAACCUUCUACCAAGACUGACAAACACACAGGAAGACUCUCAGCUGCUCACCACUGGCUACUUCAGCACUUUCCCUCCAAAACCUCGAGGCAAAUGUAGUCAUGGAGGUAUUAUGGACAGCAGUCGCCACCUGGGGGCCAAAGGGGGCAUCAACAAGGACAGCACCUCACCUUUCUUCCCUCACCAUUACCUCCAUGUGAAAGCUGCCACUAUGGCUACUGAGGCCACUCUAAAUGUCCUGAGAGACCUCAGAGACACGGUGGGCCACAAAACAUUUCUCAGGCUCUUCAGUGUGAAGCAGGUUCCUGCAUUAGUAUUCGUCAUGGACACCACCGGCAGCAUGUUUGAGGAGAUCACAGCCGCUCGCCUCCGGGCUCACUCCAUCAUCCAGAGCCGAGCCAACAGCCCUGAGCAGCCUGGAACCUUUCUGCUUGUUCCCUUCCAUGACCCGGAAGUAGGACCAGUGUAUGAGACUGAGGACCCAAACCAGUUUAUGUACCACAUUCAGAGCCUGAUGGCCCUGGGAGGAGGAGAUGAACCAGAAAUGUGCUUUUCUGCCAUUCAGCUGGCUCUCACUCACAGUCCACCGCUGUCAGAGAUCUUUGUAUUCACUGAUGCUUCCCCUAAAGACGCCCAUUUGUUUGAUGCAGUAAAGGCUCUUGCCCUCGAGAAACAGAGCAAGGUGACAUUUCUCCUGACUGAAGACCCCAAGUAUAUGACAGGAAGCAGAGGGAGUCGGAGCAGGAAGAGGAGGAGUAAGGAACCUUUGUCCCCUGAUCGUUUCUCUCUCUACACGUCCCUGUCCUCUCUGUCAGGAGGACUGACGAUAUUCACCACCAACUCCGACAUACACAGAGUGUCUUCCAUAGUGGAGGAUAACACAACUGCUGACAAGGUGACCCUCCUCCAUGUGGAAAGUGACCACGACAUGAUGUCCGCCCAUUCCUUUAGAGUUGACAACUCCGUAAAGAACGUCACCCUACAUGUCACUGGCACUAUGAUGGAGUGUGUCCUUACCAGUCCGUCAGAUCAAAGUCAGUCUCUGUUGAACGAGCAAGGCCCUCUCGCCGAGCUGGAGCACUUUCAGGGUCUGUACCGCAUCAGCCUUCUUCCUCCUAUACAGCCUGGACAGUGGAAACUCCAGGCCAAGGGUGACGGACACCUCACUUUUAAUGUAAUAGGUGACAGCAGUGUAGAUUUCUUGUACUACUGCACUGUAACCAAUGAGACACACCCGGGUCUGGCCAGAAAUGGAGGGAAGUCCUGUAGCAGGUGUGUCCCUGCCUUUCUGGUGCUGGCUGUAACAGGCCUGGCUUCAGAUGAGGAGGCAUCUUUUCAGCAUGCCACCCUGCUGGGAGCUGAAGGGGAGAAUCUCCAGCAUGUGAAGCUGAACUCCUCCUCCUCAGCAUCAUUAGUCUACUCUGUGGAGGAGCUGGUGGGCUUGGUGGAUCCUGUUCCAGAUUCCUUCUGUGUUCGACUUACAGGCCAAGACAGAAAAGGAAAGCUGGAGAGAGUUUCCACAGAGAUGGUACAUCCCACUCAUGUUCAGAUACAGGUAAUCAGUGUUUCCGUCCCCCGCCUUGUCCCUGGUCACAGCACAGCAGUGGACUUUGACAUCCUGAACCACGGUCGACGGCUCUUUAGUUUGACUGCAGAUGACAGCUGUGGUUAUCUUCACACAAGAGGACCACACAAGUUCCUUAUUGCAGAAAGGGGGUUUUUCCGUGGUCAGGUGGACCUCCAUACCCCUGCCAAAGCUCAGGCAGGAGCGACUGUCACCCUUACGCUUACCGUGCAUGCUCUCGACUCUCCAGACUCCAAUUAUGCAGUGGCCUACUUGACUGUGGUCCCCCUGGAUUCUGACACAUCGCCGCCGUCCUGCUCUGCUGCACGAGUCCAGUCUAACUGUCCUUCCAUUUGCAAUGAGUCUAGCUGGAGCGUGUCUCUAGUUGUGUCAGACAACGGUCGCUCAGGCCUUGCUGCCCUCCAGCUGCAGAAGGGUGAAGGUUAUUCUGACUUUAUUCCACAGCCACCACCCACAGAAGACGCCCUUGGAGAGGCCCAGUCUGGCCCUGACCAGAAACAGUUACACGGGGACAAGACAACCAGCACAGGCCUACAUCAUCACCACCACAGCCACGUUAGAGAGAGGAGACCCCCUUUGAAUGUUUCUGGAAUGGUUUCUGAGUUCAUCUCAGCCAUUGUGGGCGAGGUACAAUCCAGCUGCUGUUCUGCUCAGGCAGAGAUGCUGGUGUGGGACACAGCUGGAAACAUGAAACGCUGCCAUCUACAUCUGGGUCAACAGAAGCAGCUAAGAGACACAGAAUCCAGUGGAACUGGACGGAUAAUGCCUUCAGUUGUCUUUUUCUUGUUGUUAGGUCUUCUGUGGUCUCCCCUGCUUUAGGUCAAUGUGAUUACAAAUGUUUUGCUGGUCAAAAUGCUUGGAUUCCACACUGGAUUCCAGACAAGGAAUUAAUCAAAUACAAUGCAAAGUUUGUCCUGUUUUGGAGGAUAAAAGUUUAAAUUGUUAACUGCAUUAUAUGAAAAGAAAUGCAGUUAAUGCUGACGAUGCCUACAUUUGCUACUGUAAUUCUUCAAGUCCACAGAAUAAAGGAAUUAGUGAUC